AUGAACCCUCAAGAAUGGGAGAUAGUCCACGGUCUUCAACAAGCGAAAGAAGCGUCCCUAGCUCAAGAUUUAGCGCGCCUACGGGCUGAGCUAGCCCACGAGCGAACUCUUGUGCAGCAGAUGCAGCUCAAUCGUGAGCAGGAGUUGAAGGAGAUGUCUGCACGAGAGUUGCAUGCCCAGAGCGCUCUUGCUGCAUCUCAGCUACGUGUUGAACAGCUCUCUGCUCUAGUUCACGAUAUGCGGUCAGAGCUAAUGGAUAUACGCAGCGAGAAAGGAGAGCUGGUCAAGAGGCUUGACGCAGCUCGGGAAGAGUAUUUAAACAUGCAACGGAUGAAUGCGCAGAGCCGCGAGCGUAUCAUCGAGCUAGAGACAAAGCAAGCACGCCAAAAGUCUCUUCAUGAAGAGGAGGUUUUAAAGAUCAGAAAGGCAAUGACAGGGGCGUCUUCUAUAAUGGCCUUAACUAGGGGCCAUGACGGUGCAACAGAUCCAGGCUACGACGCUGUGGUCGAUACUCUUCUCCAGGUAUACACCGGCAACAUGCAGUAUGCGGAACCUGGCGUCCCGUUGCGACGUGAGGAUAACGAUCUAUUGCUCGGAAGAAUUGCCUCACUGGCCAGGGAGUUGGAUACUACCAAACGGGAGAACAGCAGUUUGAAAGAUGAGCGAAGAAUUCUGCAAGACAGAAUUGUACGAUUGGAGAGCUUAACACAGAAAGUAACAGAGCAGGGGUUAAUGGCACCAAGUAUGAAGCUUUUGAUGGCUCAGUUGGAAGAUAAGGAGCAGGCCUACAGAAGGCAAGAGGACAUGCUUUUGAAGGUUAGAGAAAACUGUCGUAUCGCAGAAGACAUGCUAGAUAAGAAGGAACGAGAGGUCAGAUCUCUUAAGUUAGCACUCAAAGAUCUAACAGUGACGCUCAAGCAAGUUGAUGAGAUAAGGGGUACCGUGCGCGCAUUGAUCCAGGAAGAGACCAAAGCUGAAGUCUUGCACAACAAAGGUAAAUUUACAUAG